UACGAUUUCUAAAAAAUAGUCGUUUUGUGGACCUGACAAAAGCUUUGUAAAUUUUUAAGUUUUAUAAAAAUUGUGUAAAAAGAAAGGAAAUUGUGCCGCGGAAUUAGCGUAAACCUGACGAUAGUAGCGCUAAGAGAAUUCGGCUCUACAAUGGCAGCCAGCGAUUCAGCGGGCGAUGAUUCUUUGUAUCCGAUUGCAGUAUUAAUCGAUGAAUUAAAAAAUGAAGAUGUACAGUUGCGUCUGAAUUCGAUUAAGAAACUUUCGACGAUUGCCCUGGCACUGGGGGUCGAACGAACACGGUCCGAACUCAUACCGUUUCUUACGGAAACAAUAUACGAUGAGGAUGAAGUACUUUUAGCUUUAGCGGAACAGCUAGGAAAUUUUACGACGCUUGUGGGCGGGCCCGAACAUGCCUACUGUCUGCUGCCGCCUUUGGAGAGUCUCGCGACCGUCGAGGAGACGGUCGUUCGAGACAAGGCGGUCGAAUCGCUUCGUGCCGUCGCUCAGCAGCACACGCCUGCCGAUCUCGAACAGCACUUCGUGCCGCUGGUACAGCGAUUGUCGGCCGGCGAUUGGUUCACCGCACGUACCUCGACGUGUGGGUUAUUCGCUGUGUGUUAUCCACGAGUGUCUCCGGCUAUGAAGGCCGAUUUAAGAUCUCAUUUCCGUGCACUUUGUCAGGAUGACACCCCGAUGGUACGUAGGGCGGCUGCCGCAAAGUUGGGGGAACUAGCGCAAGUUGUUGAGUUAGAGUACCUUAAAUCUGACUUAAUUCCCAUGUUUGUUAAUUUAGCACAGGAUGAACAGGAUUCCGUCAGACUGCUAGCAGUCGAAGCUUGUGUAAAUAUCGCAACACUCCUACCUCAAGAAGACGUAGAGAAACUUGUAAUGCCCACACUGCGACAGUGUGCAGGUGACACGUCGUGGCGCGUGCGUUAUAUGGUCGCGGACAAAUUUACAGAACUACAAAAAGCCGUGGGUCCGGAAAUAACGCGAACCGACCUAGUGCCUGCAUUUCAAAGUCUACUGAAGGACACAGAGGCGGAGGUUCGUGCGGCCGCUGCCAACAAGGUUAAAGACUUCUGUCAAAAUUUGGACAAGCCGCACCAGGAGAACAUAAUUAUGAAUAAUAUUCUACCGUGUGUAAAAGAGCUAGUCUCGGAUCCGAAUCAACACGUCAAAUCUGCGCUGGCUUCCGUAAUAAUGGGUCUGAGCCCGAUUUUGGGUCGUCACAACACAAUUGAGCACCUCCUGCCACUCUUUCUGUCUCAGUUAAAAGACGAAUGUCCGGAAGUACGAUUGAAUAUCAUUUCGAACUUGGACUGCGUUAACGAAGUAAUCGGCAUACAGCAACUGUCACAGUCACUAUUGCCGGCGAUCGUUGAGCUCGCCGAAGAUUCCAAGUGGCGCGUGAGGUCGGCGAUUAUCGAAUAUAUGCCUUUACUAGCCGGCCAGUUGGGUCAGGAGUUUUUCGACGAGAAACUAAACGCACUCUGCAUGACCUGGCUAAUGGAUCACGUUUUUGCGAUACGCGAGGCGGCGACUUUGAAUUUGCGCAAGCUGGUCGACCAGUUCGGUGCCGAGUGGGCGGAGAAUACGAUAAUUCCGAAAGUACUGGCGAUGGCCAGAGAUCAAAAUUAUUUGUAUCGGAUGACGUGUUUGUUUUGUAUAAACGUUCUGGCAGAGGCUUGCGGCAGCGAUAUCACCACCCGGUUAUUAUUACCGACCGUUCUUAGUAUGGCAAACGAUAAAGUCGCUAACGUACGAUUUAAUGUUGCAAAAACGCUUCAGAAAAUCGCGCCACAACUCGAUCAGGCCAUUAUUCAACCUCAAGUCAAACCCGUGCUGGAUAAACUCAAUGUGGAUGGAGAUGUCGAUGUCAAAUAUUCCGCGUCGGAAGCAAUUGCGGGAAUUACUGCCCUAGGUUGAGUGCCGUACAACAACGUUGAAGUAUUUUAAGAACCUAUCAGAAUCUCACGAAUGAGUCAUUAAAAAUUACAUAAUCUCCUAGGCUUUAUGAUUUAAGUACAUAUGUCUGUUGUGCUACAAAAAUAUUAUUUAAAGAUAUGUAAAAUAGUGUUCUUUAGAUGCUAUAGUAUUAAACAAAAUAUUGAUAACAAGCGACUGUACAUUAUUUUGAUAUUUAUUGCUGAACUUCUUCGUUCCCAUAUUUGAAUGGCGGUGACUUUCAAUAUACGGGAAUGAAAAAACUCGAAUGUAAUUUCAUGUGUUAUCGUUGACUUAUUACUGACAACCUGGAAGCCAAUUUUUAGUUUUUAUACCAAUAAUUAUAAAGUUUUUAUUAUUAAAAGUUUUAAAAUAAAUUUAUCUAAUAUAA